CGUUAAGCCACUCUGUAUAAAUAACUUAUUUAUUAUCGUCAGUGUUAACUAUAUUUAACUACGUAAACUACUUAUUUACAUAUUCCGUUAUUAAAAUGCCUUAAAUUACCGUUUUUAAAAUAAUCUGUAGUAAACUACAUAUUUUAACAAUUUAUAAAGUAUUUUGUUUGUUGAUAGCGUCUAAGCAGCAGCUUGCAAUGUUGAAAAGAAGUCCUAUAAAAUUGAUCCAGCUUUUAAGAAAGGAGACCCAAGCAGUCUCCUACAGAAAUUUCUCUAAAGAACCUCCAAUAAUUAGUAAAGAAGUAGGAAAUAAUGCUAUAGCUAUUCUCAAUAGACCCAAAUCUUUCAACGCCCUUACACUUCCCAUGCAAUAUGAAAUGGACAAAGUAAUACGAAAAUGGGAGAAGGAAAAAACACUAGUUUUAAUCAGGGGUGCAGGUAACACAGCAUUUAGUACCGGAGGCGAUGUGUUAAUAUUGCGGCAUGAAUCUAAGAACGGUACAAGCUACUUAAAAGAUCUAGGUACAAGUAUUAACGCGACUAACUACUUAGUAUCCAAAUACCGGAUUCCUAUAGUCGGUUUAAUGAAUGGUUUAACUUUGGGUGGUUCCGUAUCAUAUAUUAUUUUUGCGAAAUAUAGAGUAGCAACAGAAAACAGUGUUUUUGGAAUGCCAGAAGUAAAAUUAGGAUUUCAUCCCAAUUCAGGUGCGACCUAUUUCUUUAACAGAUGUGCAGGAAAAUUAGGAUAUUAUUUAGGCUUAACGGGAAAAACACUACAAGGUUCUGAUAUAGUACGAGCAGGUUUUGCCACACAUUACUGCAAAAAUAGCAAUUUGGAGAAGUUACAAAAUACACUUUUAAACUGUACAAACAAGGAUGAUAUUGAAGACAUAUUCGAAAAUAUUUGCGAAAAAAUCUAUCCAGAGUUUACCUUAAAUCCUCUUAUGGAAAGAAUUACCAACUGUUUUUCUGAAGUAACUAUCGAAGAUAUCCUUUUAAAACUAAAAUCUGACGGGUCUCCUUGGGCCAAAGAAACUCUGAACAUUUUAAAUGGACAUUCACCAGUGGCCCUAAAGGUUAUUCUUAGACAGUUAUUGAGAGGACAAGGCUUGGAUUUGAAAAGCUGUCUUGUGAUGGAGUGCAAUAUUUCUUUACACUUUUAUAACAAUCCUGAUGUUUACGAAGGUAUUAGAGUUUCCCUAGAAGACAAACAUGACAAACCAAGUUGGAAUCCACCUAAAUUAUCUGAAGUGACCGAAGAAAUGAUCGACAGAUAUUUUACCCCAUUGGUUGAUGAUUUACAAAAAGCUUUGUUAAAAAAAGUUGACGAAAGGACUUAAAAGAAAAUUUGAAUUGUAUCUGCUUUAAUAUUUGGAAAUAAUAAAUAUGAUCUCAGUUGUAUUCGAUUUAAGUACAGAUUAGAUCGAUGGCUCUGACUAGAGCACUAUCUAAGUAGAGCAAUCUAAUAAAAGUAGUAUAAUCUAAAAUACCAUGCCCUGAAAUAAGUGUAACCUCC